CAUUCCUAAUUCCAGCAACUUUUUCUUCCUUUUGCUGCAAGGAGAAUUCUUCUUACGAACAAGUCUUCAUUUUCCUCUAGUAGUUGCCAAGGAAAAGCAUAGGCAGCUCUGUUGCCUUUGUUCAUUUUCCUCUAUGGUUUUCAACAUCUUCUGAAGGGCGACAAUUAGGUUUUUGAAAAAAUAAGCAGGAUGAAAGGAGGAGGCGGUAGUACAGAAGAUUCAAAGUUAAGCCCCAAAAUCCAACUUGAAUUCGAAGAAGAGGAGGAGGAGGAAGACGAUCUCGAGACAGAAGAAGAUAGCAAAGCUAAAGGUACAACAAGAACCAGCUCUAGUAACAGCACGGUUGAAGAGAAUGGUAAAAAGACCAAUUCAGGAAGUGUACGGCAGUAUGUACGCUCAAAAACUCCGAGGCUACGGUGGACGCCUGAGCUCCAUCUUCGCUUUGUUCAUGCUGUUGAAAGAUUAGGAGGUCAAGAUAGAGCUACUCCAAAAUUGGUUCUUCAAUUAAUGAGCAUUAAAGGCCUCAGCAUAGCGCAUGUCAAGAGCCAUCUUCAGAUGUACAGAAGCAAGAAAACUGAUGAUCCCAAUCAAACAGUUUCUACAGAUGGAAGAUUCCUACUUGAAAAUGGAGAUCACCACAUUUUCAAUCUUACCCAACUUCCUAGGCUACAAGGGUUUAACCAAACUUCUUGUUCGAGCUUAAGGUACGAGAAUGCUUUAUGGAAUCGCCAAGCUAAUUCUGUGUACAAUCCUUAUAACAUGAAUAUUGGGGGUGUCUCAAGUAUGAGUACUAGGCAUGGGUUUUCAAGCCACAUCAAUGGCCACUCAUCAAAUGGUCAAUUAUUUCCAUGGAAUAAAACCCUUGAACUUGAGAAAAAUAACCAACACAGGACUCAAUUCCUUCAGAAUCAAAGAUUUUGGCCGACUCAAAUCGGCACAAGCUCUGCAAAACAAAAUCCCCUAAUGUCAAUACCGGUAAAUAGAAAUAGAGAUAAAGAUGAGAUAGUCACGCAAUUCAACAGAAGAGAGCAAGACAUGAUGACACAACUGCGCACUAAUAAUUCCCUUUCCUCGAGGGGAAAAGGAUGGAUGAGUGAUGAAGUUGCAGGGACGACGACGACAACAACAACAAGCACAUCGAAUAAAAGAAAGAAUCAAGAUUCAGAAAGCAAUCUCGAUUUGAAUCUUUCACUGAAAACAAGAGAGGAUAAUGAUGAUCAUCAGAAAAGAUUGAAAGCUGAAGAAGUUGGGAAUCUUCUUUCCCUUUCUUUGUUCUCAUCAAAUACAAAUACUACUGCAGUGGAUGACGAAAAUAAUGCAAAAAAGGCAAGUACCCUAGAUCUGACUUUGUGAAUGGAGACAAUAUUCUGAGUGAGAUUUUGAGGUACUUGUUUGAUUAAAUAGUAGUAGCAUCAUUUGCAGCAGAUCCUUGUCCCGUGUAUAUGCUAGCUGCCAUUGUGCAAAAGGUAACCUUGUCCGUUGCUUGUCUUGCUAUUCCCAAUUUGUAUGCAUAAGUCACUAGUAAUAUAUCACUGAGGAAACCUAGGCACCAAUUAGUUAGUUUUAUUUAUCCGAAUUUUUACUCAUCAACAUUAUUGGACAAUGGGAAUAAAUGGAAAUAUAAAUUAAACCCAACUCUUGGUCCUCGGCCUUGUUGUACACCUAAUUUUCUUGAAAAACUACUCUAGUUGUCAGUUAGCAGUGCAAAUAAUUAUUUAGAGAGACUUUGAAUUUAUUUUGUCAUUCUUCCAAGAAUCUCCUUGGUGAUCCAAUUGAAUGCAUGUGUAUAUGUUUCAGUGCAGAAUGGGCUUAGGAAUCAUUUAUAAACUCGUCAAAUUUCAUUUUAUUUUUUUAUAUAAUGGUUAGAAGUGAAACUAAGAGUUAAACACUUCGACAGUGUAUAUAACUCUCUUCCAUGAAAAAUAAUCUAUGAAGAAAGAUAUCUUCUACAAAUUAGGUAGGUUUUGGAAUGAUGCGAAUGCACAUACAUUAGGUAUUUGCCGUAAAGAAUUUCUUAUGUUAAUUAGCCGGAGAUCCUAUUUGCUUGAUAGACCGGAAUGUAUGUUGUUUUUUCCUCUAAGUUAUUCCUUCUGUCCCAAAAAGAUUGUCCUCCUUUCUUUUUUACUCUGUCCCAAAAAGGUUGUCCCCUUUCUAUAUUUAGAAACAAUUGAAGUUUAUGAGAUGAUUUACAGCCACACAAAUAUCUAAUGCUUAUUUUGGACCACACAUUUCAAAAUUCUUCUUUUAUUUUUUAAACUUUAAGCCAAGUCAAAAGAGGACAAUCUUUUGGGGAUGGAGGGAGUACAUUUUAGCUAUAUAUGAAUCAUAGUAUUCAGUUUCUUUAGAGUAGACUCAAAGUAAUGUUAUGUUUGUCAUAAUAUCGUGCUAAUUUCUUAUUUAAGAGAAAUUAUAAUGAAUCUUGAAACCGGAAAGAGGGCAUUAGUCAAGUUAGCUAGUUUCUAUAAUUAGAAACUCAUCUAUUCAUUAGGAUAGAAUCAUGAGAUAUGAAAGAUCAGUUAAUUCACUUCAUACAUAUUUGUAACACAAGUUUGUUACGUGUAGAUAACAUGCUAUCUCAUAGAUAUAUAGAGUUUGGAACCACAAGGAGUUAUCUCUUUCAUGUGACUAGCUAAUUACUUGUGAAACUUUCUCAUUUCUUAUAAAGUGCACCGAGACCGAGUAAUCUAUCUCCCUCACCCCCAUUGUUUCUCAUUCGGCUAGAUAUAGAUAUGCGGAUAAAAAAUUGUUCAUUCAUCCAACCAAUUAAUACGAGACAUAUCUCGUGUGUGUUAUCUUUAUACCAGUUAAUCAUGAUUAAAUACGUAAAUGGCACUAUGAAUUAUAAGUUUGACAAGUUUUUACUUAUGCACACCAGUCCAUUAGCACAUUAACCAAUGUGUGCUUUUACAUGUGUGUUUUGAAAUUCGCAUAACAUAGUUCUAGGAUUAUCUGGGUUUUACCCCUUGACCUGUGUGCUGCACUUCACUUUCAUACAUUUUAACUGCGAUUUUCCCUAUCAAAAGUUGAACUCCUAGUGAAAUCUUCAAUAACGCACUCUCACUAACAUCAUAUA